UUGUGAGGGGCUCGUCCCCCCCCCCACUCCCCCCUGGCGUUGCUUCAUGGCGGAGUAAAGAAGUUGAACGUUGGAGAGGAGCUGAGCCAGGGACCACAAUGGAGAAGUACACGCAGAUCGGUGAGGAGUUCUACGACUUGGAGAGGCGGAGAAAGACCUAUGAUGACCGCUGGCCAUUCAAGGAGAACUGCGCGUGCACUCCGGAGCAGAUGGCAAUAGCCGGAUUCCUCCACCAGCCAUCCGAUCUGGAGCUGGAUGCAGUAAUCUGCUUCUUCUGCUUUAAGGAGCUGGACGGCUGGGAACAGGAUGACGUGCCUUUGAUUGAACACAAGAAACAUUCAAGUGAUUGUGGAUUCCUGACGCGCAAGAAAGAAUUUGAGGAUCUUACAGUCCAAGAGUUUAUAAGUCUGGAAACUGAGCGACAAAAGAACCUGUUGAAAAAGGUCAUAUCAACGAAGAAGACGGAGUUUCUGCACCAGGCGGAUGCUGUGCGGCGGCAGCUCGAACAGCUCCACGAUCUGUAGAGAUUGUUGCUAGGCUGAGAACCAAGUACUUAAAUCGCUCGAGUCAAAUCGCGGCUGACGGAUGGCGCCAAAGCUUGUAAAUACGAUGGGGGCAAUUUUAAGGCAGUCAUCGCCUGCAAUUCUCUUACGGCACUGUUUUCCGUUUUGAAAAUAAUAUAUAGAGAUGGCUAAUUCUGGAUAAAUGGAUUGCUCCUCCCCAGCAUGGUAAAUUGUGGUAACUUCCAAACAACCGCAAGUUGGAUCUGAACAGAUGAUUGGUUCAGGUAACUAUGACUUGUAUUGUUAUUGCAUUCGUUAAUACAUAUUUAAUAAUUAUCUCUUAAUGCGAUGUCCACUCCAAAUUUGUUGCUCAUGUGAAACCCAUUGCCGAUGACAAUUGGCCUAAUAUUUCCCCGGUGCGUCACAGAUGAACCCAUCUCUGCUUUGCCUGCGGAAGCAGACCUGAUCAGUGUUCAUUGAAUAGCUGAUGUUUUUAUGUUUUAAUGUUGUGCACAUACUCUUAUAUGUAAAGCUAGUGAUAUUUCAAAAUGUCAGGCAAGCCUUCCAGUAAAUGCUUGCCAUUGUUAAUCUAUGCUCCACCAGUGGUCGAAUAAUAACAAGCGCCGGGUGGAUUUUUUUUGCAAAUUUGCAGAGCUCCUUGGAUGUUUGGAGUGCUUGUCGUUAAAAACGAUUUUUUUUGUAAAUUCGCUCAUAGUUUACAGUUAAAUAAACUUUUCUUAAGUGCCCGCUCAAAAUUGAGGCUGUGAUGUCGUGAGGGCUUCGUUGAUUGUGGUAAUUGUGUAUUUGAAUAAAGUUUGAACUCUUGAAGUUACUAUAAAUGGGCACUUCUAUUAUUUACUUUUAAAAAAAUGUUGUAAGUUGGUGGGAAAGGAGGGGGGGGAUUAACCGAGUCCACCUUAUUCCGUGAAUUAUCUUCCCGCGCAUUGGCUGCGAGUGUUGCUCACGACUGAUAAAACCAGAUUUAUUAAAACUCACUUGGCAUGCGUGGAACAAUGAAGGGUUUUGUGAGCUGGAGAAAGACAUCGUUUUUGUGUGUGCGCCCUUGCGUAGCACUUGUGCGCAAAUGGCCUUUCAAACUUUGUAAAUGUACUUAUGACUUGCACAGUCGUGCCAUAUUGUAAAGUAAGUUUAACCUUAAAAGACUUAAUCCACAUCUGUGAUUCACCUUUUGGGAAACUCGUUUUUUUUGUUUCGGCUUUUAAAUAAGUGUUUUGAAUUAUCUGAAAAUGAAGCGAUCU